AUGAAUAGAGGUUUAACUCCUCCAGUUAUUGUAAUUCAUCCAGAUCCAAGAGAUCUUCAGAGAAAUAGAAGAAGCCCCAUUCUUGCACAAGAAAAGAAGCAUAAGAAUAACACUUUAUUUUUAGAGCCAUCAACCCCUGUUGAAAAAGACAGCACCUUUGAUACUGAAGAUAAAAAGAAAAAUCAAAAGUCUGCAGCAAGCAAUCGCCCAUUUGUAUUAUUUGCAUGUGGACUUUGCCGCUGUUUUAGGAAUAAAAAGAAUGAAAAAAUAAUUGAGGAAGAAACAGGACCGGGGACUAAAUACCAAUUUUAG